CUGUGGUUCCCUUCUCCCAGUCUGCUGGCGAGCGCUCCGUGGAGCGCAUGGUGCAUCCAGUGAUCAACUGGAGUCCGGUCCACCCAGUACAUUCACCAUCAGUGAUCUCUGGAGUCCGGUCCAGCCAGAACAUUCACCACCAGUGAUCUCUGGAGUCCGGUACACCCAGUACAUUCACCACCAGUGAUCUCUGGAGUCCGGUCCACCCAGUACAUUCACCACCAGUGAUCUCUGGAGUCCGGUCCACCCAGUACACACACCACCAGUGUCCCCUGGAGGCCAGUACAGUCACCACCAGUGACCUCCUGGAGUCCGGUACUUAUCCCUCAGCCAGUCAUGAGUGCUGGUGUCUAAGGUUGUCGCAACACCCCUAAACAAGACAGAUACCGAAGCUAUCAUAGUAUCUCGUGUAUAUUAGCAAUAACAAAGAAAACGUUAUCUUGCAGUACGAUCUUUCUAAAAGUUAAGGAAAAGGUGCUUUUGAUAAAAAAAAAAGGUUCCCGUUUAUGAAAAGGUUUGCUGCAUUGCAUAUUAAAAAAAAAAGCAUCAAUAAAACUUGAUAUCUGUGUUGCCCUUCCGAAGAAAAGAUAGCUGGUUGAAAAUGGUGGUGAUGAUAGUUGUGAUGGUGGUGCUGCUGGCUGCGGGGAGGACGACGGCUGCUGCAGUGGGAGCCACCACUGCUUCUGCUGCUGCUGUGGAGGAGGCGACGAUGGUUGCUCCUGCAGUGGAGGAGGCGACGAUGGCUGCUGCUACUGCAGUGGAGGAGGCGACGAUGGCUGCUGCUACUGCAGUGGAGGAGGCGACGAUGGCUGCUCCUGCAGUGGAGGAGGCGACGACGGUUCCUACUGCAGUGGAGGCGACGACUACAGCUGCUGCAGUGGAGCUGACGACGGUUUCUGCUGCAAUGGAGGCGACUGUUCCUACUGCAGUGGAGGCGGCGACUACAGCUGCUGCCUUGGAGGUGACGACGGUUCCUACUGUAGUGGAGGCGGCGACGGUUUCUGCUGCAGUGGAGGCGGCGACGACGGUUCCUACUGUAGUGGAGGCGGCGACGGUUCCUACUGUAGUGGAGGCGACGACUGUUCCUACUGUAGUGGAGGCGACGACUGUUCCUACUGUAGUGGAGGCUUCGACGGUUUCUGCUGUAGUGGAGGCGGCGACGACGCUUCCUACUGUAGUGGAGGCGACGACUGUUCCUACUGUAGUGGAGGCGACGACUGUUCCUACUGUAGUGGAGGCGGCGACGGUUUCUGCUGCAGUGGAGGCGGCGACGACGCUUCCUACUGUAGUGGAGGCGACGACUGUUCCUACUGCAGUGGAAGCGACGACUACAGCUGCUGCGGUGGAGGCGACGACAGGUGCUGCAGUGAAGGUGACAACGUCUCCUGCAGUGGAAGCGGCGGUGGUGAAAAGGACAAGGACGGCGUCGAGGGCGACAAUUGGUAAGACGGUGGACCAGAAGGAGGAUUCGACGCUGCUGGAGGUGGGCGCCUGUCCCAACGUCACCUCAGUGAGAGACCUCGACCAGCACCAGCUGGAGGGUCGGUGGUACCAUGUCACUCGCUUUCCAACCCGUGACGAGCCCUUCGUUGCCUGCACCCGCUCCACUUAUACAUACACCGAUGGAUACUUGGAAGUGGUGACAGAGGGACAAAACGCGGACGGUACCAGUGUCACGAAGUCGGGUGUCCUUGCCCAGCUGUCAGAGUCGCCUUCAGGAGCGUUCCAGCUUGAUAUUGAUGGAAUGCCUCCCCUGAGUGUGUGGGUGGUGCACACCGACUACACAAACGUUGCGUGCCUCUACUCAUGUUCAGAAUUUCCUGGACUGCGAGCAGAAUGGGCAUGGGUGGUGGCUCGCUCGCCCCGCCCGCCACCUAAGCUGGUUGCUGGAUGCAGGGCAAGACUCCGAAAACUCAAGAUCAACGCUGCGAAGUUUAAACGAAUACCUCAGGGUGCCAAAUGUCGGUCCAAUUAAUACCUUACUUGGUACUCUGAAGCUCUCAACGCAGGAACCAGUCAUGAUUAUCACUCUUUCCUCAGAUGUGUAAUAUGUGCCUAAACUGCUACAUAUGCCAUUCCUUAAACAGUACAGUAUUCAAAACAUGCUGUAAAUUCUCUAAAGUUACAUUCAAAAAGUACAUUUUCUUAUAAGCUUAUAUUAAUUAUGACUGGUUCCAUCUAUUACACUAAUAUAAGAGUCAAAUUACUGUACAUUUUAAAUAAACCUGUGUCACCAA